GCCAGGGGCCCCUCCUCGCCGCCCGCGGGCCGACGGCCCGAUGGUGAGAGCCCAGCUCUCCCCGGGGAUCGCCAAGCCCUUGCUCCACGAGGCUCUGGCGGACCACGGCGCGCCCCCGUGGCCCUGCGGCCUGCCGCCCGGGGGGGCGACGGACCUGGACCUGACGGCGCCUGGCAGUUCGCCGCCGAGCAGCAGCGGGAAGGCGAGCAGCCAGGAGGAGGUGCUGCCGCCCGGGCGGGUCGUGGGGGCGACCCGGCUGUCGCAGCGCGGCGCGCAGCAAACCAGGCUGCCCAGCCGCACCGACCGGGCUCAGAAGAGCCGCAUGAAAAGCCCGCGGUCGUUAUCCCCGCCGACCUGGAGGCGGCGCGGGUCACCGCGCUCAGCGGGGGCGGCCUGAGUGGGUGCACCACCGUCAGGCUGAAGAAUGUGGAGCCGUCGCUCAUGCCAGCCACGGCCAUUGCCGCACUCAACGCCAACGGGUUCGAGGGCAUGUUCGACUUCGUGCACGUGCCCAUGGACAUGAAGAGGAUGAAGAACAGGGGCAUACUCUUCAUCAAUCUUAUCGAUCCUGCGACAGCGGAUGCGAUGUACCAGUCCUUCCACCACCAGACGAUGCCUGGAGUCAGUCUGGCGGGUAAGACGCUGGAGAUCACGCCAGCAUACGUUCAGGGCUUCAAGGAGAACUUCGACCUGCAUGUGGAGUCCGAGGCUCCAUUCCUUGAGUGUUUCCGUUGUGUACUCUAG